AUGAUGGGUAUCCUUACUACAGAUGCUGCCUUGCCAAUUCUCGCUGUCGCGGCUGGUGUGAUCUUUUUCAUCACAUCACCACUGACUCGAAAUUUUGCAGCUGGAGUCUUGUCCGUGUUUCUGGACAAAUAUCUUCGCUGGCGCUACCCUAUCCUGUCCACGGACGGCAAACGUCUCCUUCCCACUUGCCCCUACCAAUGGCCUAAUGGUCAAGGAGAUGUCGCCAAGUUCCUCCAAGGUAUUGAGAACUGCGAUUUGUGGGAAAAGGAGCAUGGAGAGAUCUAUCGAAUCUGGUCAGGCAUGAAAUCGGAAGUGUAUGUACUCGCAGGAUCUUCUGGUUAUGUACUACCUACCUGUUUACUGACUCUAAACAGCGUCCUCACUCAGCCACAUCAGCUUCAAGCUGUCUUCAGGGACUCCAACAAACACUCCAAGGCGGAAAACAACAAUUCUGGCUAUCUUAUGAGCGAGCUCCUCGGUCAGUGUGUUGGACUAAUUAGCCGUGAUCGAUGGAAAGCCCUCCGCGCUGUGACGGAAGUCCCGUUCCAGCAUGAUAAAACUGGUUCCUAUGUGGACUUGGUUUUACGCCAUACGCAGCAGCACUUUGAUGAACUGAGCACUUCCGGUGAUUUGAAAUAUGGACGCAUCCAGCCAGCCCAGGACCUGAAGAUGCUCCCGUUCUGGAUUGUGGCUGAGAUAUUCUACGGGGAAUGCGACGCUGCCAUGAGAACGGAACUACAGGAACUAUGUGUCAUCCGUGAGAGGCUGUGGAAGAAGAUGAUACAGGGCGGCCUUGUGCGCUGGAACUGGUCUCGAUACUUGCCUACUGCCACAAACAGAGAACUCACCCAAUUCAAGCAGCGCUGGAGGGCUUUCAACCAAAACGCUUAUGAGAGAGCAUGCAGACAAAGCAACCGCGGUCUUCCCAUUGUGUCUAUGACUGAAGCUGCCGGUUCCGGUUCCAUCUCUCUGGAGCAGCUAUACCAGACAAUUAAUGAAGCCCUCUUUGCCAAUUUGGACGUGACAACUGGUGGCAUCUCCUGGAAUCUCGUCUUCCUAGCUAGCCAUCCAGAAAUCCAGGAAAGGGUUCGAGCUGAAAUACUAGCCACUGAGAACCGCGAUGCAUACCUUGCUUCGUCGUCAACCUUGCUCGCAGCUUGUGUAUCUGAAUCAGCUCGCCUCAAGCCACUAGCUGCAUUCACAGUUGCACAGUCCCCUCCUUCUGAUCGUACUGUUGGAGGAUAUUGCAUCCCCGCUGGAACGAAUAUUGUUGUUGAUACAUACGCCCUAAAUAUCCGCAACGAGUUUUGGGGUGAAGACCGCAAGUCAUACCGGCCAGACCGCUUCCUCGAGCGUCGUGCUACGGAGCUACGAUACCAGUACUGGAGGUUUGGAUUUGGUCCACGGCAGUGUAUGGGCCGGUAUGUGGCAGACCUAGUUAUUCGGACCCUUCUAGCACAUCUGGCAAUCAACUACAAACUUGGCUGCCUAGAGUCAUCUGCUAAGGAUGAUGGAAAAUGGAAAAGAGACCUAGAGUCUUGGAUUACGCUCCCUGAUAUGCAGCUCAGGUGUGUAAGGCGGGAGAACCUCUCCACUUAG